UCCAGGAGGGGAUGGAGCAACGCUUUUACGUAAUGAAGUUCGCACAGAUGGAACGCAAAUUGCCCAACAAGACACACUUCAACACAUUGAUGGAGGGAGAGGUUAUGUUUAUGCUUCAUCGUCCCAUACACAAAACGGAUCAAGUAGUAGUUCAAGAAUAACUUCGAGAAUUCGUUUCGGGAAUAAUGCAAGGCAUGAGAAAAAAUGAGAAGUGAAGGGAGAAAAUGAGGAAUGAAAAAAUGAGGAAUGAAGGAUUUAUAAUUAUAAAAUGAUAAAAAAUUGAAG